CCUGGAGUCCAGCAGGGCCAGCGGGCCCAGAGCACGCCCCCAACACAGACGUAGGGCUGACGCCGAGGCCUGGGGCGCUCGAAUUGGCUCCUUGCGCUUCCCGUCCCUCCCGGGGACUCCGAGAGGGACUGGCCACCGGGGCCGCCAGUCUCGGAUAGCAGCGCCUGCGCCGGGCACACCACUUUCAAUCUGGGAAACCUUCCAAUGAAGAAACUUGCUUAAAAUUCUAGAUCAUUCACAGAAGAGAGACCCAAUCAACUGUAAGGAAGAGAAGAGUGAUGUUGUCUUUAAACAACCUACAGAAUGUCAUCUAUAGCCCGGCAAUUCCUUAUGUUGGGACCAUUCCUAAGCAACUGGAGCCUGGAAGUUUGAUUGUAGUACGAGGACAUGUGCCUGGUGAUUCAGACAGAUUCCAAGUGGACUUACAGUGUGGAUGCAGCGUGAAACCUCGUGCUGAUGUGGCCUUUCAUUUUAAUCCACGUUUCAAAAGGGCCAACUGCAUUGUGUGUAACACUUUGAAAAAUGAAAAGUGGGGCUGGGAAGAGAUCACCUAUGACAUGCCUUUCAGUAAAGAGAAAUCUUUUGAAAUUGUGAUCAUGGUGUUGAAAGACAAGUUCCAGGUGGCUGUAAAUGGAAAACAUAUGCUGCUCUAUAACCACAGGAUUAGCUCCGAUCAAAUAGACACUCUGGGCAUUUAUGGCAAAGUGAAUAUUCAUUCAGUUGGUUUUAACUUCAGUUCGGAUUCAAGAAGUACCCAAGCAUCUACUCUGGAGCUGACAGAGAUAAAUAAAGAAAAUGUACAAAAGUCUGGCACGUCACACUUUACUCUACCAUUCACUGCCAGGUUGAAAAUCCCAAUGGGCCCUGGACGAACUCUUGUCAUCAAAGGAGAAGUGAAUACAGGCGCCAAAGGCUUUAAUGUUGAUCUGAUAUCAGGAAAAUCAAAGGAUAUUGCCCUCCACUUGAACCCACGUCUGAAUUCUAAAGCAUUUGUGAGAAAUUCUUUUCUUCAGGAGUCCUGGGGUGAGGAAGAGAGAAAUAUUACCUGCUUCCCAUUUAGUCCUGGAAUGUACUUCGAGAUGAUAAUUUAUUGUGAUGUGAGAGAAUUCAAGGUUGCAAUAAAUGGAGUACACUGCUUGGAGUACAGACACAGAUUUAAAGAGCUUAGCAAUAUUGACACGCUGGAAAUUGAUGGAGAUAUCCAGUUACUGGAAGUCAGAAGCUGGUAGCUAACUAACAUGACUCCUAAAAACUGAAAUACAAAAUGGCUUAUAGAAUACUUAACUUUGUUCCUGUGCAUUUCACUCUUAAUGUAUAUUCAUACUAACUGUUGUUCGCUCUUGCUCUGCAACGUGGCUUUAUCUGGAAUGAAGACACUUGGGGGUAAUUGUAACUUCUUACCACUAUUAUAGAAUUCUGCUCUCCCUUUCUUCCACUCUGGCCUCCUUGUUUAAACUUUCCUAUUCAACAGACAUUUAUGGCAUGCCCACCAUGAAUGGCUGACAGACAUUGAUUUUUGUUAGCACUUUGCCAGAAGUGGGGAUACACACAGUGGUACAGAGCACACCAUCCUAUCCAGCUCAGGCUCUUGAGCUCUGCCAGCUUUUAUUUACAGAUAUUACAUAAACCCACCAGGGUCUAAAAAAUGACUCAAGUAUUUAAAUUGCACUAACUUAAAGAAGACUCUACUUCAUGAUCACCUUCCUAACCAGUUUUUGAUGUUGAUCUACACUACAUAUGGCACCUUCUUUCCCUACUACACCCGGUAGUGUUGGGGUGUGGGGGGCUUUCCACAUUACUGCUUGGGUUUGCUCCUGGCAGUAUUGAGCUAUUACCCCACCCUCACAAUAUCAUUUCAGCAUAAUACAUACCUGACUCUACAACCCUUGAACACUUAUUAAAUAAUAAAGGCAAAAAAAUAAAAAAGGCAAAACAAAAACUGAUGGUGAAAUUACUUUGAUGUCAUUAAGUUCUAUUCUAAUAAAUGCUUCCCUUAAAACAA